UUAGCGUAGGGUGAGUUGUAGGGGAUUACAGCAAUAGCCCGCCUGAGAGACUCACCACCACCUACCCCACGCCGUCUCCCAAACCUCUCACCACUAAAUGUAUUUCUUCAAUUCAGUCUUCUUCACCAACCCAAUUUCUUUUCUUCUCCCUAAACCCGACUUCUGACCCGCAUCGAUUUCCAUGGCUGCCAACACCAUUUCUCUUUCCAUCUCUUCCAACGUCGCCGCCUCUAAGAAUCUCAGCUCCUUUCAAAGCCCUGCCUUUAUUGCUCCUCCACCAACCAUUUCUUUUCCGGCAAAGUCUAAACCUGGCGAACUAUCUUUAUCUUCCACGACUCUUUCCAAGUCUCGUGUGCGCGCCGGUGCUAGCCAGCUCAUGAACGAACCGCUUAACGAUCAACGCUCCUUCUCUUCUCCCACAGUCGUCGAGGUUGAUCUGGGUGACCGGAGUUAUCCGAUCUAUAUCGGCGCCGGCUUGCUCGAUCACUCUGAACUUCUUCAAAGGCAUGUUCAUGGAAAGAGAGUGCUUGUGGUCACCAAUGAUCGAGUUGCUCCUCUCUACCUGGACAAGACUAUAGAUGCUUUAACCAGAGGAAAUCCCAACGUCACUGUGGAGAGUGUAAUUUUGCCUGAUGGAGAGAAAUACAAGGACAUGGAUACUCUCAUGAAAGUCUUCGACAAGGCCAUUGAGUCUCGCCUAGAUAGACGAUGUACAUUUGUUGCCCUUGGGGGCGGUGUGAUAGGAGAUAUGUGUGGAUAUGCUGCUGCAUCUUACCUGCGUGGUGUUAAUUUCAUCCAAAUUCCUACCACUGUUAUGGCACAGGUUGAUUCUUCUGUAGGUGGCAAAACAGGCAUAAAUCAUCGUCUUGGAAAGAAUUUGAUCGGUGCUUUUUACCAACCACAGUGUGUGCUAGUAGACACUGACACAUUGAACACAUUGCCAGAUAGGGAGAUGGCAUCAGGCCUCGCUGAAGUGAUCAAGUACGGGCUUAUCAGGGAUGCCGAGUUCUUUGAAUGGCAGGAGAAGAACAUUGAGGCAUUGCUGGCAAGGGAUCCAGCUGCAUUAGCCUUUGCUAUAAAGAGAUCAUGUGAAAACAAGGCAGACGUUGUGUCCCAAGAUGAGAAGGAAAGCGGCUUGCGAGCAACCCUAAAUUUGGGUCAUACAUUUGGCCAUGCCAUAGAAACUGGCUUUGGUUAUGGAGAGUGGCUCCAUGGAGAAGCUGUUGCAGCUGGCACGGUAAUGGCAGUGGACAUGUCAUAUCGUCUUGGUUGGAUAGAUGAAUCGAUCGUUAAGAGAGUGAACAAGAUCCUAGAACGGGCGAAAUUGCCUACAACGCCGCCAGAGAGCAUGACCGUGAGCAUGUUCAAAUCCAUAAUGGCGGUGGACAAGAAAGUGGCGGAUGGAUUGCUGAGGCUGAUUCUUCUCAAAGGCCCGCUGGGAAACUGCGUGUUCACAGGAGAUUAUGAUCGGGAAGCGUUGGAUGCCACGCUUCGUGCAUUCUCCAAAUCCUGAGCAUUUCAUAUUUGAGAUAAUUUUGGUAUUGUUAUGUUCACGUAUGGAUGUGUAUGUAAUCAUGUAUACCAACCUUGUAACUAGCUUUUGCGGAAUGUGAUAAUAAUGAGACUGUAAAAGAAUAACUACCCCGUCAAUGGACACCAUAUACGUUUCAAUU